GGGAAUAUUCAAAAUUUCAAAUAAGUUUUGCCCUUAGCUGAUUGCUGCUACGCAACAGUGCUCCCACUAGCUGCAGCAGACUUGCUAGCCUACUGAUCAUCGAUCUAUCAUGACCACCACCACCACCACCAAGCAACCGCCACACGUCCUAGUGUUUCCCUAUCCAGCUCUAGGCCACACCCUCCCUCUUCUAGACCUAACACACCAACUCUCUCUUCAUAACCUAACAAUCACCAUCUUGACCACACCCAAAAACCUCCCUACCGUUUCUCCUCUUCUUUCCACUCACCCACAAAUCCACACCUUAGUCCUUCCCUUCCCAUCUCACCCUUUAAUCCCUGCAGGUGUUGAAAAUGUCAAAGAGCUUGGUAAUUCUGGAAACCUGGCCAUUAUUGCAGCAUCUACCAAGCUCUCUGAACCCAUUACCCUGUGGUUCAAGUCUCACACUAAUCCUCCGGUUGCUAUCAUCUCUGAUUUCUUUCUUGGCUGGACCCAACAUCUGGCCCAACACUUAAACAUACGGGGUUUUGCUUUUUAUCCAUCUGCGGCGUUUUUUGCUGGUAUUUUAAAUUAUUGUUGGGGUAAUCUGGAGAGUGUAAAGGUUUUGGACGUUGUUGAUUUUGUUGAUUUGCCUAGAUCACCGUCUUUUAAAGAGGAGCAUCUGCCUUCUGUGUUCCGUAAGUACAGGGAAUCCGACCCGGAUUGUCAGCUCGUCAAGGACAGCUUGGUUGCAAAUAAGUUGAGUUAUGGAUUUAUUUUUAAUAGUUUCGAGUCUUUGGAGGGUGAGUAUUUGGGUUUUUUGAAGAGAGAAUUCGGGCAUGAGAGGGUUUAUGCGGUUGGCCCUAUUAAUUUGUUGGGUCCGGAAAGCACCGAUCGGGGCAACCCGGUAACGGAUUCCUCUGGUAAUGUGUUCAAGUGGCUAGAUGGGUGUCCAGAUGAGUCUGUGCUAUAUGUUUGUUUCGGGAGUCAAAAGCUGUUGAACAAGAAACAAAUGGAGGCUUUGGCUGAUGGGCUCGAAAAGAGUAUGGUCCGUUUCAUUUGGGUCGUGAAAACAGGCACGGCCCAACAAGUUGAAGACGGAUACGGGGUAGUACCCGAUGGGUUCGAUGAACGGUUGGCGGGUCGGGGUCUGGUUAUAAGAGGAUGGGCCCCACAGGUUAAGAUACUGAGUCACAGAGCGGUUGGUUGGUUCUUGAGUCAUUGUGGGUGGAACUCGAUGCUAGAAGGGAUAGUAGCUGGUGCGAUGAUACUGGCCUGGCCCAUGGAAGCUGACCAGUUCAUUGAUGCUAGACUGUUGGUGGAGGAAUUGGGAGCGGGAGUGGGGGCCUGUGAAGGGACAGCCACAGUGCCUGACUCGGAGGAGUUGGCAAAAGUGAUAGGUGAGUCAAUGAGUGAAAAAGGUGCGGGUGUGAAGAUGAAGGCUAAGGAGCUGAGAAGGAAGGCAUUGGAGGCCGUGAAAGAGGGUGGGAGCUCCUUGAAUGACUUGAACGGGCUCAUCGAGGAAUUGUGCAAAUUAAAAAUCCAAUAAAGAGGGGUGGUGGAAUUAUUGCAUUGACUAUUCCAUGUAAGCUUUCUUCAAGUUCGAAGGCCACGUCUGGGAUCCACAAGAUUAGCAUUUGGCUUUUGGGGUUGUCAAGGUACGAUUGAGAAAUAAAAAAACGUUUUAUAUUAAUGAAAUUUUUAGAUAUUCACUCUCGAUAAAAAAAAAAUUUCGUAAGAGCAUUUUUUUCUCGUUAAUCUAAGAUAAAAUUAAGAACAUGUUUCGGAGCGGUUUCUUAAAAAAUUAAAAUAAAUUUAAUAUUGCUUGAAUGUUUUGAUUUGUUUUGAAGUGUUGAUAUUAAAAAUAAUUUUUAAAAAAUAAAAAAAUAUUAUUAACAUGUAUUUUGAUCUAAAAACUUAUUUAAAAAACAAUUACUAUUAUAUUUCUAAACAUAAAUUAUGAUAGUGUGAAAAAUUAUUAAGUCAUAGAAAAAUACAAGUUUUUUUUUUUAAUUUCCUGGAAGGCAGCUGAUAGAGUGUCGUUAUAGCUAAAUCGUCGUGAUAACAAAAGGUUUCCCAACCACAUAAAAAAUAGCAAGUAGAUGGAAGGUCAAUGGAAAACAAAUGAGAGCGAGAAAACGAACGAUAUAAUAAAAUCACAGGAAAGUCGGAGCCCGCCCCCCCGCGGCGAUGAAAGGGCAACUUUUCUUAGGCCUUCAAUUUGAUACGCUUGACUAAAUAAAGAUGGUGAGUUUGAUUGAUUUUAGUA